ACAGCUUAUCUUCUUUCAGUAGCAAACUUUCGAAAAAAAAAAAUAUCAAAUCAAUUUGAGAUUGCGCAAUCCUUCUAUUACUCAAAUUCUAAAAUCUACGUGCAUAUUAAGAUUUUUUUUUUUAUAAGAUAAGAUUUUUCUUUUAAACUGUGCAUUCGUAAGACGAUAUUAUAAAUAUGGAAAAGUGCAAGUGUUUAUAAUAAUUGUAUCAAAUCUUUAGUAAAAAAAAAAAAAUCUUUAAGAAGAAUUUGUUUUUUUGACGUAUUUAAUUGUCUUCCAUUAUUCUUUGUUUCUCUCAUAAAUAUUUUUGAUAGUAUUGUUUACCGAUGGAGGACAUGAGUAACUUCCUUUCUCCUUCUGCUGCUAUGGAGGAACAACUUUGUGCUCUUCAACUUCAACACUUGCAAAACAAUCAAGUUUCUCAACAAGGUUAUUUUAUUCAUCAACCACCUUAUAAUACUCCUGUUCAAAGAAAUCUCCACCAGCAAUAUGGUUUUAUAAAUAAUGCUCCUACGAUGGACGAGAUUAACUCUGCAAUGGGAGGACUUUGUGUUAAUUAUAGUAUUGGCGACGGUUAUGGCGGGUUACCAGGUUAUGAGGAUUAUAGGAUGAGGGAGAGGGCUUUUGUUGAGGCACGCGCGGCACUAAGAAUGUGUCGCCAUAGAAGAUCAAUUGUUUCAUUGGCAAUGGAUCCGCAUGAAUGUGAUUAUCUGCAGAUGAUGAUCGAAGAAGGUAGCCCAACACAUGUUGAAGUGAUUCUCUCAGGAGUGAAGGAUUAUUUACACUUGCUUAUGACACAUCCUUUUGGCAACAACUUGAUUCGAAAGAUUUGUGAAGCAAGGAGAGGUAUCACCUGGGAGCAGGUGAAUUAUAUUAUUAACUUGAUUAUUUCGAAUGAUCGAAAGCUGAGACGUGUGUGCAUGGACAAACAUGGAACUCAGGUUAUGCAGAUAAUGCUGGAGAAUAUCAUUUGUCCAAUCACAAAAUAUAAGGUUGUGAAUACCAUGAAGCGUAUCACUGUUCCAUUGAUAAAAAAUGUUAAUGGUAAUCAUGUCAUUGUGCAAUGUGUGAAACUUUUCCCACCUGAACUCCAAAGUAUUAUCUUGAAUGAAGUAGCAAGAAAUUGUGUUGAUAUUGCAACAAACAAAACUGGAACUAAAGUUAUUCAAAAAUGCCUUAGAGAAGGUGAUAUAAUUGCCACAGCUCUAUUGGUAACCGAAAUCAUCUCAAGUGCCAUGGUCCUAGCAGAAGAUCCAUAUGGAAACUAUGUGUUGCAAGUUGCAAUUAAGUUGAAGUUUCCGUCAGCAAAUGAACGGAUAAUAAAAGAGCUUGGUGGCAAGUUUGUUAGACUUUCUAUGAACAAGUAUGCCAGCAAUGUAGUAGAAGAUUUAUUGAGAGUUUCUAACCAGAAUGAUGUUCAAGUUAUAGUUGAGGAGAUAAUGAGAAGCCAUAAUUUCUUGAAUGUUCUUCAGGAUUCCUUUGGGAAUUAUGUUGUUCAGAGAGCACUACAAUACACUCAGGGCCGUCUGCGUAAAGAACUUUCUAAUCUCAUUAAUUCCUAUCACAAAGAGCUUCAUAGUCAUCAUCACGGGAAAAAUGUGCUGACAAUGGCCAAAACAUAUAUCGAAGGGGAAAAAGUUCAAUGUCUAAGGGAUUGUUAGUUUGUUGAGGGCAAUGUAGUGUGUACGUUUAAGUAAAAUCAUAUGUUGUUAUAUCUUUGCUGGUUUAUUGUUUUAAGUAGGGAGAAACAUGACAAUAAUUCCUCAUUUGCUUACCAAAUUGAAUGUUUAUGCCGUGAAAGUUGUUUGUUUCU